AUGUAAAAUGCGAUGGGAGAAUCGGACGUCAAUGAUUUGUUCGACUCCAUCACUUUUUCCGAGGCUCGGUUAGUCGACUCUGGGUACCAAGAAGGAUACAAGCAAGGUUCACUGGAAGGAGAUCAGGAAGGAUUCCACCUUGGCUUUCAGAAGGGAAGUGAGCUCGGGCAGGAAAUUGGGUUUUAUCAAGGUUUUGUGGAGGGGUGGGUUCAUGAGUUGAAUCUCAAAGAGAAAAAGCCGGAGAGGGUUUUGAACCAGUUGGAGAAAUUAAAUAACUUGUUGGAUAGGUUUCCAACCUGCAAUAAGAAAGAUAAUGAUAUAGAGGAAAUUAUCAGAGAAAUCAGGGCUAAGUUUAAAACCGUCUGUUCCAUGCUAAAAGUGAGCUCUCAGUUCGAAUCCCAAGAUAUCUCUUGGUAGACGUUGCCUAAAAAAUCCGAAAAAA